AUGUCAACAUCCAGCUCUACCCCAUCAAGUCCACCUGUGAUUCAUAAAUCGCCAUGGGGCGAGGUUCCUGAUCUGUUUGUCGGAAAUAUAGCCCAAUUCGUGAGAGAAUCACCUCACAUCAACAGGAAGCUUGACAAAAAGAUUCUUAUUGAUGCUAAGACCAACCAGGCGAUUAGAGGUAGGCAGUUGUUCAACUUCACUGCCAGAUUAUCUUGGGUGUUGCGCACUAAAUACAAGAUUGAAUAUGACGACGUGGUUUGUUUGUUUGCUCCAAAUAGUGUAUGGACUCCUAUUAUUCACCAUGGUGUCUUGUCUAGAGGUGCUAUUUUGUCCCCUGCUAACAUAGCAUACAACCCCGAGGAGCUUCAUUAUCAAAUAAAGACAGCUAAUGCCAAGUUGGCUCUUGUUGGAGAUGCUCAUCUUGAAACAGCCAGAAAAGCUCUUAAAGUGGGUCCCAAUAACUGUGUUAAAAUUGUCCCUAUUAGUAGAUUGAUUAAAGAUAUCAAGUUUGCCAAGGGAGUCGAGAAUCCUGUUCCUUUGGAGGGAGAUGUUGCCAAGGAUAAGAUUGCUUAUUUGUGUUUCUCAUCUGGUACAUCUGGUACCCCCAAGGGAGUCAUGACUACUCACUACAACAUGACUUCCAACGCCCAACAACAGUUCUAUUGUUUCAACAAAGCUUUGUUGAACGGCAAUAAUGUAUAUGGAGCAGUCUUGCCUAUGUCACAUAUCUUUGGAUUGACUAAAUUUGUGUAUUCAACACUUUAUGUUGCGUCAACAAUUGUCGUAUUUGAAAAGUUCGACUUCCCACUUCUGCUGUCUUCAAUUCUCAAGUACAAUAUUAAUGUUCUUCACGUGGUGCCCCCUAUUCUUGUUCUGUUUGCGAAAUCUCCUUUGGUUGACAAGUACGCCAUCAAAGGACGAUUGAAUCAUAUAUUCACAGGUGCUGCCCCAGCUGGAAAGGAGAUCAUUGCCCUUGCAGAAGCCAGAACCGGAGCUCAUAUUUCACAAGGAUACGGACUCACAGAAUCAUCUCCAGUUACACAUUUGUACUCGUACGAUGAACAGGCCUACGAUCAAAAUAGUAUUGGAUGGCUUAUUGCUUCAUGCGAAGCUCGUCUUGUGACUGACGAAGGCACUGAUGCUGCUGUCGGCGAAAGAGGUGAAUUGUGGAUCAGAGGACCAAAUAUCAUGAAAGGAUACUUGAAUAACCCCGCUGCUACUGCUGAGACUCUUACUUCUGAUGGAUUCCUUAAAACAGGUGAUGUUGCUAUUCGCGUUGCAGAUGGUCAAUACUACAUUGUAGACCGAAAGAAGGAGCUUAUCAAGUCCAAGGGCCAUCAAGUCGCACCAGCCGAGCUCGAGGCUCUACUUUUGGAUCACCCUGAUGUGGUCGACGUAGCCGUUGUUGGUGUCCAUGUCUCCGAACUGGGUACUGAACUUCCCAGGGCGUUCCUUGUUAUCCGGGAGAAGACCGAUCCUCUUGAAAUUAAGAAGUGGUUCGACUCAAAGGUUGCAAGACACAAAAGACUCUGGGGAGGUAUUGUUGUGCUGGACGCAAUUCCUAAGAGUCCUUCAGGCAAGAUAUUACGUCGUCUGUUGCGUGACCGUAAAGAUGACAAGGCCAUUGGCUUCACCCUGGCGGAACCCAAGCUCUAA